CUUGACAGGUGUGGAUAAAAAGCGAGGCGACCAGAACAAUCCCUAUAUCGACGGCACACUUCAGAGAGAGAGAGAGUGAAAAGAAUGGAGAAAUACUUUGGAAACGCGUACAGAGGCGACCCUGGAGUUCCACACGCCGACCAGGAUCGGUUCGUCAACAUAUGGAUCGGAUCCUUUGCUUUCUCUGCCUUCUCUUGGCUCAAUCCCUACAUUUGGCAACUCCCUAAUCAAUUCAACUGGCACGACAAAGCUAUGUUGUUUGAGCAUUACCACUGGAAGAAAGCGCUGCAGAAGAAACAGCCAUACAAAUUCAAGUGGAACCAGAUGGACAGGGAGAUUAGGGACUCAUACUAUUUCAAUUGGCCUGUUUACUUCCCUUAGAAUUUUCUUACUGCCCCCUCUGCUGCCUGUGCCUUUCGAACCAUUUCUUUCAUUUCAUAUGGGAAUAUGCUCUCUCUCAUCUUUAAGUAUGAAACUCGAGCUAUGAGAAAAUGUACCUUCAACAUAAAAUAUGGUGACUUUCUAUUGAAAUAGUGUAUUCUCUUGAA